AUGCAGGUGGCUAUUGAGCGUAGCGCCAACCUUGGAGAGAGCAUCAGAAAUGAAGAAUGGCUGCAGACUUUGAAAUUGUACACAGAGUUAAGUGAUUUUGUGAACCGCUUUGAGAGCACUGCAUGCAUACGCCUGAAAGAGUGGCUGACGGGCGUGAGGUAUUACUGGAGCACCACGCUUCUAAACGUGGUCAGUGGCAAAAUAGAACAUAACAUCCUCAAGACGGCGCUCUCUCUUUCAGAUGCGCCGUCUCGCCAGGCGAUCUUCGGAAAGACAAAUGAAUCGCAGCUACUUUGUCGGCUUGUGCUCCUGGUGGCUGGCGAAGAGGCUCUUGCUGAGAUAGUCGCGCGGCCGUUCCGCAAGAGAUUUUUACUGUACUUCUGUGGCGGUGAGGCUGGUUCCGAUGCCAAGCCUGAAUGGUACUUCAAAGUUUCGCUGUAUUGGCGUUCUGCCGGCGUACAGUGGCUCAGCGACGUGUCGUGUGUGGGGAGCAAGCAGUUGACGAGGUUGCUGGCCGCGUUCAGCAAAAACAUGAUCGAAAUUGUGCAGCAAAAGUUGAAGACCGACUUGGAUGAAACAUUGCGAAACAAUGACGUCAUCAAGCUCUCGCAGCUGAUCGACGAUGCAGUUUCGUUCGAUACCCGACUUCAAGGUAGAAUAUCAUUAAUGACAUGGCUUAUUGUUGUUUGA